GACACGAGCAAAGCGAACGGAAAGGUGUGCGGGCCAAGAGGCGCGGGAGCGAGGGGUAGCGAAGAGCAAGUGACGAACUUACGGCCAACAGCAGCAGCAACAACAACAACGGCAACCGGCCCGUUUGGAGCAGCGCGCAUGCCACACACAGUUUAAAUAUGUGAAAUUAGUACAAAUCGUGAUUUCAACAGCGAACGACGAGCGGCGAACGAGCGUCGACGAAGUGGCGACAAAAAAAGCACGAGCGAGCAGCAGCAGCAAUAGCAAUUGCCACAGGCAACAACAGUGGCAGCCCCAACAACAACAAUCGCUAGGCCAGAAAAGCAGCAACACAAGUCACCUCAGUAACUAAAGCAGCAACCAAAUCAAGUGAUAACAUCAAGCGAUACAGCUGCAGCAACAUCCGAUGCCACAACUGCAACACAAAGAGCAACGCAAACGUGGCAACAACAACACCACACUGGGGCGCCUACAACAACAUGCAAUAAAACAGCUGAUAGCGACGGCAGCAACAACAAAGCCUGGCAUUAUCAAGCGAGCAACAACAGGUCGCGAAAAAAAAAAACAAGAAGCCCGCCUGCUGCAGCACUCACACACACACAGCGAGCACAGUGAAGAGCGGGUGUGUGUGUGUGUGUGAGAGAGAGAGGCAAAGGCUAAAGGCAACGGCAAAGUCGCACACCUUUGCGUUGAUUUUGGACGUCGCGACACGGCGCUCACCAGUUGGCGCUUUCGCUCUCUCCCGCUCGCGCUCCCCAUCUCUCUCUCCUUCGCACAAAGUGCAGCUGAGCUGCCGCUGCCGCCGCCGCCGCACUUGCCGCUGCCACAAAUACAACACAAACACGGCCAGCUGAACGAACGCUCAACGCUCGCCGCCGCCGCUGCUGCCGCCAGUCGAAAGUCAAAAGCAACGUGUUGUGGACGCUUUUUUCGUCGCGUCGUUGCGUUGCGUUCUCUCUCUCACUCCUUUUCCUAUCACCAACACACACACACACACCUUACAACCGCCCACCGCCCACCGCCCACAACCCACCCACCAACCCCCCCACCCCCUCGCAGGCUGGGCAAAACUUUCACCGCAACAACAACCACAACAACAAUGUCCAGCAGCGCAGCAGCAGCGCAGUUCAAGCUCGAUGCCAACUCCAAUGCCAUUGCUUUGAUAGCCGAUGUUGCCUCGCUGCCACUCCCACUUUCGCCCACUGCAACAACAACGGCCACGGCAACAGGGACGGGGACAACGACAACAACAACAACGCCAGCUGAUCGCGUUGAAUGGUCCCGCUCAACGAUCCUCAACUUCAUCGAGGACUAUCGCCGGCAGCGAGUCCUUUGGGAUCCCAACACCAAGGGCUACCACAUCAAGCAGACCAAAUACGAGGCCCUGAAGCUGCUAAGUCAGAAAUAUGGCACUGAGAUACGAUCCAUAAGAUCGAAGAUCAAAUCCCUGCGCAGCUCCUUUCAUCGGGAACAUGGAAAGGUCCUGAGCGGCCGAGGUCGCGGGGUCAUCUAUCAGCCCAUGUGGUUCGCCUACGAGGCGAUACGCUUCAUUCUGGAUGGCGAACGGGAUCAGGAUCAGGUGCAGGAUCAAGAUCCAGAUGGUGAGGCGGAAACGGAAGCGGACGAGAAGCUAACCCUGAUGCACAGUCUGGACCUGGAGCAGCUGAAGGCGGACAAGCUUGUAGAUAGGGACAUUAUACUGCAGGUGGAGCAGCAGCAGCAGCAGCACGACGAGCUUACCGCUCGCAUUGCGGCCACUGUGGCCGCCGUCGCCGCCGCUGCAGCCGCCGCAAAUGCCCGGGAUCUGGAGCGGGAACGGGAGCGGGACGAGCGGGAUGCCGCUGGCGAUUUGGAUACCGCUCGGGAAAUGGAACUCGAGGAGGCGGCGGCAGCGGGCGCGGUCGAAUCCUCCUCGGCGGCUGUGACACGUUCCUCUUCCGAUUUGGAUGGCGAGAAUUACUGCAAUAUCAGCGCCGAAGAUGUGAAAACAGAAAUUAUCGAACACGAAUCGGAGCUGGGGAUGCUGGAUCGACGGACGAGCACGCCGUCGCCCAUAAAUUACUACAAGCCGACGGACCUGACGUACAACCACCGCAAGCGCAAGAUGGGCGUGGAGCACGUUUUGACAUUGACGCCCAUCAAGGCGGUGGGCGGAGCGGCGGGGGCGGGCGGAUCCGCUGGCCAGCAGCAGCAGCAGCAGCAGCAGAUGAACCACAGCCAGCUCGCGUUUCAGGCGCUCCAGCAGCACUUUAGCCACAAUCACAGCCUGAGCCUGAGCCACUGCAACGGGCAACCGCAGCAGCAGCAGCAGCCGCACCACCACCACCACCACCAGCAACAUCAGCAGCAGCAAUCGUUGCAUCUGCAGCAGCAGCAACAGCAACAACAUUCCAGUAACAUGGCACAAAAACGUGAUCGUGAUCGUGAUCUCUCAACGUCAAAUGGCAACGGCAACGGCAACAGCAACUGCAACAACAGCGGCAGCAGCAACAGCAACAUAGCCGGCCACACCAGCAACACCUCGCUGGACCCAGCAGCAACAUCCAGCAAUUGCAGCUCCGGCAGCAACAGCAACACCACGCCCCCCAAACCGCUCAUCGGGGGCGGUGGCCUGAGUGCCAAUCAUGUGGACGAAUAUGGGGUAUUCGGGGAAUACGUGGCCAUAACCAUACGCAAACUGAAGACAUCCAAGUCGAAGAUCGUGGUGAAGCACCUGAUCAACAAUCUGCUCUACGAGGCCGAGCUGGGGAAGUACGAUCAGGGGAUGCCGGCCAGCAAGGAGCCACCGCAGCUGUACAAUAUGCAAUAGGGGUGGGAAAUACCGUCGACGGGACCACCAAAAUAUCUAGACAAACUAAACGGGGGAGAGACAACCAACGCACUAGUCAGCAAAGCAACAAUGGGUCAAAACCAGAGCCAACAAUUCUAAAAAGAGAAACAAAAACCUGGGGGUUUAGCACACGGGGUAGCGGGGGACAUGAGCAUUUCAUUCAGGGACAAAGACCAUAUAAGUACUUUAUCUAUAUACAUUUAUUAACACAUAAACGAUAUCAGUGAGUAUAUCCGAAGUCAGUCAGUCAGGGGAGUGCAGUUGAAGUAGGGAUGAAACAAACAUACCAUUAAUUAAAUUGAAUUAAUUAUAAAUGCUUUACGUUAACUGUGUACUUUUAUGCACACUCCCAUAUACACGUACAUAUUGGUGUAUAUACAUUCUACGUUUAUAAAUAUAUUUUUUAUGAUUAUCGUUUUUUGAUUUCACAGGCGUUAUAUUUUUGAUUUUCGUUUUAUUAUAUUUACAUUUGGCAAUAACACUUUGAACUCAGGUGCCUUUAUUUUUUUAGUCAAUUAAGCCUUGUUAUCUUAUGCAUAAAAGCGAAACAGCAAACAAAUGAGAAAUGAUUGCAAAAAAUCUACAUGUAAAGCAAAUAAAUGAAGCCGUAACAACAUGUAAAUUUAAUUAACUUUUUAUCGCAUAUGCAAAUCCAUAUGUAUAAACUUAAUUCUGUAAAUAGUCUAAAAAAAACGAGAAGAGAAAAUAAUGAAACAUGAAAUGUGCAAAUCUUAAUUUUUGUUAUGCAUAACUAAUUUGAUUCGAGCGAAGGGCUCCAAAUAAAAAUGCAGAAAUGUUGAAUUUCAUUUUGAAAAUGA